AUGGCGCCGCCGCCGCCGCUGCUGCUCCUGGCCGCGCUCUGGGCCACCGGGCGUGCCGAGCCCGAGGGCGCGAACCGCAGCCUGAGCCUGGCCGUGGUGCUCCCCGAGCGGAACGUGAGCUACCCGUGGGCCUGGCCGCGCGUGGGCCCCGCCAUCCGCCUGGCGCUCGAGGCGCUGGAGCGCGGCGACCCCCCGCUGCUGCCCGGCCCGCUGGCCGUGCGCCUCCACUUCAGGAGCUCGGAGCUGGAGGGCGCCUGCUCCGAGUACGUGGCGCCCCUCAACGCCGUGGACCUGAAGCUCUACCACGACCCCGACGUGCUCUUCGGGCCGGGCUGCGUCUACCCGGCCGCCUCGGUGGGGCGCUUCGCCUCGCACUGGCGCCUGCCGCUCAUCACGGCCGGGGCCGUGGCCACGGGCUUCAGCCACAAGCAGGAGCACUACGGCACCACGGUGCGCACCGGGCCCUCCGCGCCCAAGCUGGGCGCCUUCGUCUCGCAGCUCCACGCGCACUUCAACUGGAGCGCCCGCGCCGCGCUGCUCUACGCCGACCACAAGACCGACGACCGGCCCUACUACUUCACCAUCGAGGGCGUGUACCAGGAGCUGCAGGAGGCGCUCAACCUCAGCGUGCGCUACCACAUCUACGCGCCCGAGGAGGGCGGCGCCGACGCGGCCCUGCACUUCCUGCGGGCCAGCGCGCGCGUCAUCUACGUCUGCGGCCCCCUGGAGAUGCUGCACCAGAUUAUGAGGCUGGCCCAGCAGGAGAGCCUCACCAAUGGCGACUACGUCUUCUUCUAUGUGGACGUGUUUGGGGAGAGCCUGCGUGCCAGUGCCACCCGCGAUGCCUUGAAACCCUGGCAGAACAAACAGAGUCAGGACGUGGGCCUGCGUCAGGCCUUCCAGACGGUGCUGGUGAUCACCUACCAUGAACCCCAGAACCCCGAGUACCAGCACUUCCAGACCCAGCUGAUCCUGCGAGCCAAGGAGGAGUUCAAGGUGGAGCUCGGCUACUCGCUGAUGAACCUGGUGGCUGGCUGCUUCUACGACGGCGUGCUGCUCUACGCCAUGGCACUGAACGAGACGUUGGCUGAGGGCGGCUCCAAGAAGGAUGGCACCCGCAUCGUGCAGAAGAUGCGGGACCGGAAGUUCCAGGGGGUCACCGGACUGGUGAGCAUGGACAGCAACAACGACCGGGACACGGACUUCAGUCUGUGGGUGAUGGGUGACCCCGAGAACGGGGAAUACGAGGUGGCAGGGCACUACGCCGGGGCAGAGAAGAAGCUGAACUGGCUGGGGAGGCCCAUUCAGUGGGUGAAGGGGGCGCCCCCCCCUGACAACCCCCCCUGCGUCUUCGAUGUGGAUGACCCCUCCUGUGAUAAAACCCCACUCUCCACGCUGGCCAUCGUGGCGCUGGGCACCGGCCUCACCCUUGUCAUGUUUGGAAUCUCCAGCUUCCUGAUUUUCAGGAAGCUGAUGCUUGAGAAGGAGCUGGCCAGUAUGUUGUGGCGGAUCCGCUGGGAUGAGCUGCAGUUUGGGAACGCCGAGCGCUACUACAAGGGGGCGGGCAGCCGGCUCACCCUGUCGCUGCGUGGCUCCAGCUACGGCUCCCUGAUGACGGCCCAGGGCAAGUACCAGAUCUUCGCCAACACUGGCCACUUCAAGGGGAACGUGGUGGCUGUCAAGCAUGUGAAUAAGAAGCGGAUUGAGCUGACGAGGCAGGUGCUCUUCGAACUCAAACACAUGAGGGACAUCCAGUUCAACCACCUGACCAGGUUCAUCGGUGCCUGCAUCGACCCGCCCAACGUGUGUAUCGUGACGGAGUACUGCCCGCGGGGCAGCCUGCAGGACAUCCUGGAGAACGAGAGCAUCAACCUGGACUGGAUGUUCCGCUACUCGCUCAUCAAUGACAUUGUGAAGGGAAUGGCCUUUCUGCACAACAGCAUCAUUGGGCACCACGGCAGCCUCAAGUCCUCCAACUGCGUGGUGGACAGUCGCUUCGUGCUGAAGAUCACGGACUACGGGCUGGCCAGCUUCCGCUCCAGCUGUGAUGCCGAGGACAGCCACGCUCUGUAUGCCAAGAAGCUGUGGACGGCCCCAGAGCUGCUGCAGCAGGGGCGCCUGCCCCUCCCAGGGAUGCAGAAGGCUGAUGUGUACAGCUUCAGCAUCAUCCUGCAGGAGAUUGCCCUGCGCAACGGGCCCUUCUACAUCGAGGGCAUGGACCUGAGCCCCAAGGAGAUCGUGCAGAAGGUGCGGAACAGCCAGAAGCCGUUCUUCCGGCCCUCCAUCGACAUGGGGCUGCACAGCGAGGAGCUGGCCGUGCUCAUGGAACGCUGCUGGGCGCAGGAGCCCGCCGAGCGCCCCGACUUCAGCCAGAUCAAGAUCUUCAUCCGCAGAUUCAACAAGGAAGGCAGCACCAGCAUCCUGGACAACCUGCUGUCGCGCAUGGAGCAGUACGCCAACAACCUGGAGAAGCUGGUGGAGGAGCGGACGCAGGCCUACCUGGAGGAGAAGCGCAAGGCCGAGAACCUGCUCUACCAGAUCCUGCCCCACUCCGUGGCCGAGCAGCUGAAGCGUGGGGAGACGGUGCGGGCCGAGGCCUUCGACAGCGUCACCAUCUACUUCAGCGACAUUGUGGGGUUCACAGCCCUGUCAGCUGAGAGCACUCCCAUGCAGGUGGUGACUCUGCUGAACGAUCUGUACACCUGCUUCGACGCCAUCAUCGAUAACUUCGAUGUGUACAAGGUGGAGACGAUUGGAGACGCCUACAUGGUGGUGUCAGGGCUGCCGGUGCGGAAUGGGAAACUGCACGCCAACGAGAUCGUCCGCAUGGCGCUGGCACUGCUGGAGGCCGUGAAAACCUUCAAAAUCCGACAUCGGCCCAACGACCAGCUCCGGCUGCGCAUCGGCAUCCACACCGGUCCUGUCUGUGCUGGGGUCGUAGGGCUGAAGAUGCCCCGGUACUGCCUGUUUGGGGACACGGUGAACACAGCCUCGCGCAUGGAGUCCAAUGGGCAGGCACUGAAGAUCCACGUCUCAUCCACCACCAAGGAGGUCCUGGAUGAGUUCGGCUGCUUCGAGCUGGAGCUCCGAGGUGACGUGGAAAUGAAGGGGAAAGGGAAGAUGCGGACGUACUGGCUGCUGGGCGAGCGGACAGACGACAGCAUCAUCUGAGGCCAGCCCUGGGCUGACUCGGGCUCUGCACAGAGCGGGGCUCCGUCGCUGAGCUCCGCGCGCAGGAGGCUGCGCUCCAUCUCCGAGCACCACUCCCCAGCCACGGCAGGGAGCGCCCGGCACGCAGGCUCUGCCUCCGGACUGCAGGCCCCAACCGAACCGGCCGAACAGCGGGGCCCUGCUCUGCUGGCAGACUCACAGGGCUGGCACUCAGCCGAGGCGCCCUGUGCACGGUGAGCCGUGCUGCCCAGCCAGCCCUGCCUGCCCCAGCUGCAGUCUCCUUCCACUCAGCCUCCGAGUCCAGGGCCUGGUGGUGAUGGCGGGAACCUGCCAGGCCCUGACUGGUGCCGGCACAACCCCACUGCCCUCCUUGGAGCCUGGCUGUACCCUGUGCCAGGGAGGGGCUGGCGGGGCCCUGGGCACCGCCUGAGAACGAGCCCCGGGGCCCUGAGUCUCUGUAACCCAUGAUCCCCUCUCCAGGCUCGGCUGGCUCUGAGCCCCUCAGCCUCGCCACCCCUGGGCCCAGCCGGCUCUGAGCCAUCCCCCCAGGGGCCUGGCUGCUCCCCCAUGGCACUUGGCCUUCUCUCCAGUACUCAGCGCCCUGCCCCGAGGUGAGCGAGCUGGGGCUGCUGCCAGGGCUGGCCCUCAGCUGGGGUGCGGGCAGCUCCCUCCCCCACUGUCCUGUGGCCUGGUUCACACGAGCCCGAUUCAGCUGCUCGUGCCUUCCCUUGCCCUGUAACUACCUAGGGGGCUGGGCCAACACCCACACCCUGGCAGUGCCCACAUCCUCCCCCGGGUGUGAAUACAGGGCUCAAACCGUGCACACGACUGUGUUGAAAUACAGACUUCCUGAACCGGA